CUGAUUACAAACCCGUCCUCUGUCCGUCCUACCACCACAGCUCACCGCGGUUUGGCUUUCUCCCCUCUUCCGCACCCGCUUCUCGCUCCGGAUUCCCUCUGCUCUUUCCCUAACGAAGGUAGCCAUGGCGGGGAGAGGUAAGGCGAUCGGCUCAGGCGCCGCCAAGAAGGCCACGUCCAGGAGCUCCAAGGCUGGCCUCCAGUUCCCCGUGGGAAGGAUCGCCAGGUUCCUCAAGGCCGGCAAGUAUGCCGAGAGAGUCGGCGCCGGCGCCCCUGUCUACCUCGCUGCCGUGCUCGAGUAUCUUGCUGCUGAGGUUCUUGAGCUGGCCGGCAAUGCGGCACGUGACAACAAGAAGACCCGCAUCGUACCGCGCCACAUCCAGCUCGCCGUCCGCAACGACGAAGAGCUCUCCCGCUUGCUGGGCACGGUGACCAUCGCUAGCGGUGGUGUCAUGCCCAACAUCCAUAACCUGCUUCUCCCGAAGAAGGCCGGCGGCGGCAGCGCCAAGGCUGCGGCUGGUGACGAGGACUAAGUCCUUGACUACGCCUGGUGGCACGUCCCAGGAUGCUGCCGUAUCAACUUGUGUCUGUGUAGUACGUUAGGUGUUCGUUGUAGCUGGGUAUGUGGGUUGCUGUAACACUGCUAAACUAAGUUACUCUUGUGCUUGCUAAGGAUUAAGUUCUGUAUUUGUUGCUAUAAAAGGUGCAUCCUUUGAAUGACUGGUUCAUCAAUCAUAGUGUCCCAAUUUGCAUUUCGUGUGUCUGGAUCAUUUCGAAAUGUUGCGCUGUGUUGUUUUGGAAUUUAUUUCUGAGAUUGAAUG